AUGGUAAAGCUGUUUUGCGUCAUCGUUGGUGUGAAGGGAAGUGCGUUUCCUGUCAACAUUGAUACGACUAAGAGUGUGUGUGUGGGGGACCUAAAAGACGCAAUCACGGCAAAGAAUGCGAGCGCCUUAAAGAACGUUGAUGCGGACCAACUGCGUCUUUUAUUGGCAAAGGAAACGGACGGCGAGUGGCUCUCGUCUGGCUUGAAAAUCGUGAAGAAGCAGAAGAAGGGUGAGAAAACUGCUUAUAUUGAAGCACUCACGGCGGAAGAAAAUGAGCUGCAGGCAGAUCACUUCCUUGAGGUUAUUUUUGUUAAAAAAACUCUCCCACCGCGUGGCUACAUCCACGUACUGAUCAAGCUACCUGAAUCGAUCAUGUAUGCUGCUUCGCUUACAACGAACGUGCUACUUUCCACAACUACUGCGUUAAACGAGCCCGAAAAAUACGCUGAAGAGUGCAUCUCACUGGACGGUUAA